AUGUCCGGUCAACAUCAAUAUAAACCAAAUGGUCAAAUGGCCCUUGAAAGAUCAGGUUCUUCACAUUCAUCAUUCCUUUCUAAUAUCUAUCUAGACCCCAAUUACGUUAUACCUGAAUCACCUACCAUCUCAAUCACACCUACUCAUGAUCUUGCCGUCGAGGGCACUCAUAUCGUUGAGUCACCUAUGACAUCUGAUUCUACAUGGGAAGAAAGGGAAUUAUCAAGAAUAUCAAGUAAUGAUAGUGGCGAGUACGAAGAUCUAGACGAUCCUCAAAUUCGUAUUCGAACCAAUAAAUGUUCUACUGUCGGUGGUGGUACCAAGCCAUUGAGAGUUAAGAAGAAGAAAGGUGUUACAGCUGUUAAAGUUGGUUCUAAAACCAAAAAGCGAAUUUCCAUUCCUCAUUCAUCUUCUCCCCAUUACUCUCGAUCCUUCACCACUCAUUCGACAUCACCUAGACAAUUCGGUUACACAGGAAACAAACCUAAGAGAAAUCCAUCUUGCAAUUCUGGUAAAUCAAAUCUAUCCAGAACUUACGCCAACAUAUCAUCGAUGUUCCUUAACCUACCUUCUGACUCUCCCACCGAGAAAAAGGGUACCAUGAAGGGUAGGAUCGGAAAUGCUACUGAAUUUUCCGAUUCUUCUUUACACCUAGGUCUUGGGAAAUUUACAACAUACGAUCCAAUAUCUCCUGGACCUUCACCACCAAGUUCGCCAUUACCUUCACCUAACAAACGGACUUUCGUUUCCACCUCCACUACUACCACUGGAGAAUACACGAAGAAACCACUUCCUCAUCCACCAUCUCCUCUUACACCUUCUAGAGCACCUCGAAAAGCUGCGGCAUUACUCGGUGCAAGUGUACCUACCGGAUUCGCUCAAAGCAGAAAAGGAGGAGGGAAGGUGCAUGGAUUGAAUACAAAACAUUUCAGACCAUUACCUCAUUCGACUUUAACUGAAAUAGAGAAAUUCUUCGGUGAUGUUCCCAACAAGAAUCAAAAGCCUUCUUCGACCAAUAACACUAAACGAAGCAAACCAAAGUCUACUGGUGGAACCGGAGGGAUGGACGAAAGAGGAAUGGGAGAUAGGAAUGUCGGUUCAGGCGAGACGGUCAGAUAUAAAUCUGAAGAUGGAUCAAUGUGGUUAGAUGUAGAGGAAGAACAAGAAUUUGCUUGGUUAUUAUCCGAAAUAUUCGCUCUAAUCCCUCAACCCCUACCUGAUUUAACAUUGGCAAAAGUGAAGAGUAAUGAAACCACUGGCUCGCAGGAGGAAGAGAAUAAAUGGGAAAUGGAGAAUUCCACUUCUAUUCUAUCUUUACCUAAGCCCAAAGCUCACUCCAACGGUAAAAGCAAGACUGGCAAGAAGACUAAAGUAGCAAGUGAAAAUUCAUUUUUGGAUUUAGGUUUAGAUACACCUAAACUUCCUCGAACCAAUAUCAACCCAUGGACAAGCACACCAUCACAUAAAAGAUCAUUAUCAAAUCCCACUUCCCCAUCGUCGACUAUUCCUAAAUUAUCGAUCUCAUCUCCCAUGCCAGCUUUGAUUCCUCCGCCAAGGAUCAGUUCGAAGGCGGGACCUUCUUCUUUACCUAAUUCCACAACGAGUUAUAUGGAUCAAGUCCAUUGGUCUGUUUCUGCUGCUGAAGCUAGAUCUGGAUCCGGUUCUGGAUCUGGAUCAGAUAGCGAAGGAUCCACUUCUAGCUCAGGUUCAGGUUCAGGUUUGAAUGGAUCACCACCCCGAAUCAAGAAUCGACCUCCUCCAUUAACGUUGAAAAGGAUUAAACCGUCUGGUAAAUUACCGAUUCUUACCGCUACUACACCAUCAAAUAACAAGAACAACCAUCAAGCUCAAGAACCACCAGCGGUACCAGCUGUGAUUAGAAGUAAACCACAAGCGAUCAUUCCAAAUGAUCGAGAUCGAUAUAAUAUACCUUCUACCCAGAGUUAUAUGGCCAAGAAAUACGAAGCUCCUCCUACACCCUUUGUCAGACCUAGAGUGGCACCUAGACCCAAUCCCACUGAAGGAAUCCCACCAUUACCUAUAAGUAUCAGACAGAGUCAAGAAUCAGAACAAGAACCGAUGAGUUUCUUCGAACCUGCUACACCGACCGAACCCAAGUCCAAGUCCAAUAACAGUAACUUGACUUCGAAAACCAAUUCGAAUGUGAUGGGCAGUAGGGAUGGGAGUGGGGUAAAGGAAAAGAAGAGUUGGUUGAAGAGAGUCGUAAAGAGACCAUUGAAAGUUUGA